ACCGUAGAGUCCCCGUUGCCAUGACUCCUAGAUUCUGAAGCCGACGCGAAGGGGCAGCCUCAGAGGUGAAGGGAGUCCCGGGAGCCUGGGUCUGGCUUCCAAGGGCAGCGAACAGGAAAGGUGCCAUGGGCUGGAUCACAGAAGAUCUUAUUAGACGGAAUGCUGAACACAAUGACUGUGUAAUUUUUUCCCUGGAGGAACUUUCCUUGCAUCAGCAAGAAAUAGAAAGACUAGAACAUAUUGACAAAUGGUGCCGGGAUUUAAAAAUUCUCUAUCUUCAAAAUAACCUUAUUGGGAAAAUUGAAAAUGUUAGCAAACUCAAGAAACUUGAAUAUUUGAAUUUAGCUCUAAACAACAUUGAAAAAAUUGAAAAUUUGGAAGGAUGUGAAGUGCUGACAAAACUUGACUUGACUGUGAAUUUCGUUGGGGAGCUGAGCAGCAUUAAAAGCCUGAAACACAACAUCCACCUGAAGGAGCUCUUCCUCAUGGGUAACCCGUGUGCUGACUUCGAUGGCUACAGGCAGUUCGUGGUGGCCACACUUGAGCAGUUACAGUGGCUAGAUGGUAAAGAAAUAGGUCGUUCAGAAAGGAUUCAGGCACUGCAGAACUAUCCAGUAGUUGAAGAGCAAAUCAGAGAACAGGAAAAAGCUUACCAGCUCAGAAGAGCCAAAGAGAAAGAAGAGGCUCUGGGGAAGCUUGCGGAAGGAUGUGAACAGGAAGACAAGAAGACCAACCCAGGCACUGAUGGGCUUCCGUCCACAGACAUCCCUGUGACACUCCCAUCUUCGUCAGAGAACAAAGAACAAGUCCAGCUACCAGAAAUACAAGAAGAUGCACGCAGCACAAAGAAAUUGAAUGGAAGUGAAGAUGACCUGGAAUUCUGGAACAAACCCUCUCUGUAUACUCCGGAAUCUAGACUGGAAACUCUCAGACAUGUGGAAAAGCAACGGAAAGAACAAGAAAAAUUAAGCAAAAAGAAGAAAGAAGUGAAGCCACUGCGGACGUUGGUCACUGACUCCGGAAAGGCCCUGAAUGUCAAUGAGCCCAAGCUUGAUUUCUUUUUGAAAGAUGAUGAAAAACAUAAUCAGAUCAUCCUGGACCUGGCUGUCUAUAGGUAUAUGGAUACCUCUUUAAUUGACGUUGAUGUGCAGCCAAUGUAUGUACGAGUAAUGGUGAAAGGAAAGCCCUUUCAGCUCGUCCUUCCUGCAGAAGUUAAACCUGACAGCAGCUCUGCUAAAAGGUCACAGACGACAGGACAUUUGGUAAUCUGCAUGCCCAAGGUAGAAGAAAUAAUCACAGGUAGCCGGCAAACAGCCAAGUCUGUGAAGCCCAUGUUGGAUGGCAACAGAGAACAGAUGCGUACCAGUGGAUCAACUGAGGGAGGGGGAGAUUCUGAGUGUCCUGAAGGUCACAUGACCCGAGAAACGUUGAGAGAACUGCAGUGAGUCCAGUUCACACCUCUGCUGUCCUGAACCUGUGUUUAUGAUCUGUGUGCCACUUUAGACUCCUUUGAGCUUAGGCUACAGGGGUACAAGAGUUCCUUCACUGGUCUCCUGACCACCUUUGACCUUUGCUUAAAUACCUUCCCCAAAUGACCCUCUUGGAUACAUGUUUAGCACAUUACCUCGAUUCCUUCCGUUAAUACGUAUUUUCAAGGUUUUAUUGAUAACAUGUAAGUUUUUAUGGCAUCAUAACUGCUUAAGGUGAAGACAAGAUUUCUGUAUAUUAACUUUUAAGUGAUGUUGUGAUACUUUGGACACUAAAGCAGAGAUAGCAAUGCUUUUUCUAGUUGCACCUCAGUUUAUUUUAGCAGGCUGAGAUGUUUAUGGUAAGACCUAUCAGCAUUAUCUUUGUGAGUUCUAAAGUGCUUCGCUAUCAACCCAGAUUUCUUAGUAGAUGAAAUCUUUUAUCUUUGAAGUAUUGAGAUAUCUUAAUAUUUAAAGGAAUGUUUGUUAAAAUAGCUCAAGUUUUCUGCUGUAUUUUAUCGUAUGUGGUAGUAUAAACAAAAAUUGUUAUAGGCAAAGAGACAAUAUAGAAACCAUUGUUCAUUUUUCUGUUAGCUGGUUCUAAAUACUCUACAAUGCUUUCAUCCACUUGAAUGGUGUUACACAGUCUUGAUAUGUUUGAUGCUAUAGCAUAUGAAGUUAUAUUCAAAUAUUUCAAAGAAAAAGACACUAUGGUAACUACUAUUAAGUCGGGUUAUUUGGUGGUGAAGCACUAGGUUGCUGAAAGUGUCGUGCUUUAACCUGUGUUGUUGUUAUGCCCCCUUUUAUCUCAUCCUCUCCCUUAUUCAUUAAAAAUUAUUUAAUUAAAAAAUAUCAAACAAUAAAAAAUGCUGCUGGGUCUGUAGAGAAAAAGGAACCCUUUUCAACUGUUGGUUAGAGAGUAGACUAGUACAAACACUGUGGAAAUCAGUGUGGAGAUUCCUCAAAAAAUUAGGAUUAGACGUCCCAUUCAACCCAGGUAUUCCCCUUCUGUGUAUCUUCCCAGAAGGAUUGAAAAACAUCACACCACAGUGACAUAUGUGCAACCAUAAGGUUCAAAAUAUACAAUAGUCACUGUGAAAUGGGAGGAAACUGUUCAAUAAAAAGAAGAAACUAAGAUAGGAGAAAAGAGAAAGGAUAGAAGGGAAAAGAAAAAAGUGCAAGUUAGUUAUACCAUUAAUGUCACUUAGUUCACUGAAUAGGAAAGGUUGUGCUAAUGUUGAUUGAAGAAAUUUUUAUGCCCAUAUUUUGUACUUGAGUGACUAAAGAUAAUGAUGUAUAAUUUAUCAACAAUUGUUACUUUUUUAUUAUUUUGUUGUGGAAAUUUGUUUUACCUUUUCUUCUUAAUAUUAACAAAGUAAAAAUAAAAUAGCUCAAGUUUUCAACUUGUAGGAUCUACUUUUUAAAAACUUUUCCCUGUAGUUUCAACUUGAUAACAGAAACUACACAGAGCUUGAAAAGAAAAGUAUUUUUUUAGAAGAAGCAACUAAACUUCCUAGGUAUACUGCAAUGCUGCUUGAAAAAUAACUUGGAGCAAGCUCUGUGAUUGGAAAUGGAGUGCCCAGGUCAUAUUCUGCUUUAAGGGAUAAGAAAUACAGAUAAGUUACCACAAAAAUCCUCUUCCUUUUAAAAUAAUAUUCACUCAUUCUGAGUCUCCCUGAAUAUUAGCUAUCGUUCUUGCCUCUCUCCAGUUUCUAAUUAAGGAUCCUGGCUCUGUAACUGGAGAACCUCAGGCGAAAGCAAAUCUCCCUUAACAGGAUAGCCCAUAGAGUGUUCUUCACAAAGUACCCUUAUUUCUCAAUUCUCUUAAAGAAUGAGAUUCCAGUCCUUUCAACUACCUGGCUAUUUCCCAUGAUUUCCAAACUUUUACCAUCCAGAUGGUAAAAUCUAUUUUGCACUCAGGCAGACUAUCUUUGUGAUACAAAUGUAUAUGCUAGAAUUAUCAUCAUAAAAAUACCUGAACAGCAGCUAUACUUACAUCUUGCAUAAUGAAGCAGUCAGGCUUUGGUGUAUUCCAAGACAACUGUUAAAGAGAUUUUUAAGUUUGGGAGCUGUUUGAACAACAGGUAUGGAAUUGUAUUCCUCCUGAGAGGUAGGUUACUGUUUUUAAUCUUGGAAAUCCACUGCUAUUUCUGUACUGUGUGAUUUCCAUUACAGAUACAAGAUACCAGGGUAUUAUGACUGUUGUGAAUAUUCACUGUUAUAAUUAACCCCCAGCACUCUCAAUGCAUGUAAAGACUGAAUCUAAUUUGGGAGGAAUCACAGAGAGGGAAGUCCAAAUCAUUGCCAACAGUUUGGAGCUGGUUUUCAGACCCUAGGAAAACUAUCAUUAUUGUGAUUACACUUGAGGUUCUGAGAUGUCUGAGCAUAAUACCAACAGUAUUUUGCAAAGCCUUUCUUCUUCAUCUUUAUUUCUGAGAAGUGCUCACAUCAUAAACACAGAUAACAUGUAAAGGUUAUUUUCAGUGCUCCUUAGCUGUUGACAAACCACUGUACACAUCGCCUCUGGCUGGGCAACUCUUGUUUAAACAGCAGCCUUUCUUAAGGCUGAACAGGAGCCCUGUAGUUGCCUAGGGCUGGCGGCUUGAGGGAAAAGAUGGCAAGAAUAAUGGUAUUCUGGGUGCUAGAAUGUUCCAGAAUGUUCUGUGCAGACAGAAUAAAUGAGGGAGCAGAACGACAGGGAAGGGUUCUGCUUGUCAGGACUAGAAGAUGAUAGCAGUGACUCCUGAUUAUGGUCUCAUGACACUGAUGUAAAGGAGAUUCACAGGUUCCUCCAAAGGGCAAGUAUUCAUAGAAUGCUGACUCUGUACUACUACAUGAUGUUAUAAGUUGUCUUUAACUUUCAAAUCUGCAGUGCAAGGUAAGAACUGUUACUUUUACUGUUACUUCUACUUUGCUGCAAUUCUUAGAGGUUGAACUUUCCUACAAUCAUGAAGUUGACGUGGGAUGGAACCAGGGUUAUGACACUUUGGGCCUGCCUUUUUAUCGUUAUCAUGGUGUCUUUUAAUGAAUAGAUUUUAAUUUUAAAAUAAUAAAAAAUUUAAGGACUUUAUGAUUAAUGCUUUCUUUGUCUUAUUCUAAAAAUCCUAUCCUACACUGAAAAAUGAAGGUAGAUAAUUCCUUAUCUUAGAUGGUUUUAUACUUUUGCCUUUUAUGUUUAAGUAUAAUCCAUCAGGAAUUGAUUUCUGUUUUAGGUAUGGCAACUUAAUUUUACUCGGUAUGGGUACCUGCCUGUCCUGGCAGCUGUGUUGUAGAUUAAGCACCCAUAUCAAUGUAGGUCUGUGUUCUGUUUCUGAACUGUAUGCUGUCCCACUAUCUUAAUUUUUAUAGCUUUAGAAUAAGCCUUUGAAAUUGAUAUAAAACUCUUCUCCUCUAUUCUUGAAAAGUGAGUUGGCUAUUCUUGGCCCUUUGCAUUUCCAUAUAAAUUUUAGAAACAACUUGUCAAAUUUCACACACACCAGUCCAUUUUGCAUUACUAAAAGGAAAUAUUGGAGGCAGGGUAAGUUUACAAAUAAAAGGGCUUUAUUUAUCUAGCAGUUUGAGAAGUGAGCUGAUGGUGCUGGCAUCUGCUCAGCUCUGGUGAGGACCUUUCCAGUUAUGUUAUAUGUUAGUAGAGGUGUAUGUGUGAGGAAACACCCCUAUCUCUGCAGGAAGCAGAGAGAAUUAAAGGUCACUUCAGGCUUUUAUAACCACUCAUUAUCCUGAGAACUCAGUCCAUGAGACUAGGGUGCCCUUAGGAGGGCAGUGCCCUGGGUGGUCUAAGGACUUCCCACCAGGCUCUGCCUAUUAACAGUUCUAUCAGUUCCCACAUGCCAUAAUGGGACCAAACUCCCAACCAACACAUUGAACUUAGGGUACAAACCAUGUCUUACUUAAUUAUUUCUCAUUGCUGGGACAAGAUACCCAACACCCAAAGUUGAGGAAAUAAAGAUUUGUUUAUCUCACAGUUUGUGGAGGUUUCUGUUCAUAAUCAGCUUGCUCCAAUCAGGGUGGCACAUGGCAGAGAGACAAUAGUCCUAGGCUGCAGAAGACAGUAAAAGCAGAAGAGUGGAGGGAAACUCUUCCCUCAUAUUGUUUGCAGGCCACCCACUCUCAGGUGGCUGUAGCACUCACACCAUUUCCACACCCUCUUCUUGCACAGGCUCAGGAUGUUUACAAAGUGAAGACCCUGGCCCCCUGCUGAGUCACUUAGUUAAACUUCUAAACUUCUCAAGUUGACACAAUGAACCAUAUUCUAGAGUGGUAAGGGCAUGUCCUCUACACGUAAGGAUGUGGAACUGCUGAGUUACUUGGUUAAACUUCUAGCCUUCUCAGGUCAACACAAUAUAUCAACCAUUACAAACCACAUCUGAAUCAUAGCACACACAUGUUCAUACAUGCACACACAGAUGCACAUUGGAUUGGAUUUGGAAGUUGACAUGUUGAUCAAUUCAGAAAGGAUAUCUUUUCUGUAAGUACACCAAAGUUUUAUUAAUUUUCCGAUGUGUGAUACUUUGCUAUUAUAAAUACAUUUUAUAUUACCUAUUGCCUGUUACUAUUAUGUAGAUGUGCAAUUUGCUUUUUUGUUGUGGUAAAAUACACACAUCAAACUGAUGGGUUUCAACCAUUUGAAAGUAUACAAGGCAGUGGCAUUUAUUUUGAUUGCAAUAUUCUAUAGCUGUCACUGCCAUGUAAUUCAUUUCUAUGUUUAAUUUUGCUCUCAGCAGCUUGUUUUAUCUCUUAUUUUACUAAUUUUAUCUGUGGAUUCCUUUGGAUUUUCUUUGUAUCUAUAAAGAAUUACCACUUUUGAUCUAAUUCUUACCUCUUUAAUUUCUUUUUCAUGCCCAGAUGAGAAUUUGAUUACACAAGUAAAAGGAUUAGCACAAGGUUCAGCAGAGGCCAGUGCAUCUGGGGUUCCAAGAUAGUCCUAUGAUCAGUGAUUUAUUAAAAGGACUCAUGAGACUCAGCACAUGGUUGUACUCGUGACUAACAUUUAUUAUAUCAAAAGAGCAAAUGCUACAUUGGUAAAAAGCGAAGUCCAAAGAAACCCUGGUGU